AUGAGUCAUGUUGAUCCGACACCUUUAAGUGGUAGUGAAGAAGUUGGUAAUGAAGAUAGAUAUGUUGAUAUGGUAAAUGAUGCAUUUCGUGAUAAUGUGAGUUCUGAUAAUUAUCACCAGGAUGGUCACUCGCAGCUAUUCUUAGCUGCUCGAGUCUUGCAAACUAAGGCAGAUUAUAAUAUGAGUGAAAAGUGUGUGGAUUCGGUGUGCCAAAUGCUGAAUGACUAUUUACCUGAUGGAAACAUGGCAACUGACUCACACUACGAGACAGAAAAGUUGAUGCGCAAUUUAGGCCUCCCAUAUUUUACAAUUGAUGUUUGUAUCAACAAUUGUAUGAUAUUCUGGAAAGAAGAUGAAAGGUGGGAAGCAUGUCAGUUUUGUGGUGCAGAAAGAUGGAAGCCUAGGGACAAACGCCGUAGAAACAAAGUACCAUAUAGCCGUAUGUGGUAUCUCCCUAUAGCUGAUAGGUUGAAGAGACUGUAUCAGAGCAAGAAGACUGCAGCGGCAAUGAGGUGGCAUGCUGAGCAACAAGCAAAAGAGGGAGAAAUGUGUCAUCCAUCUGAUGUGGCGGAGUGGAAAAACUUUUAA